GCUGCAGUCUGGACUCGACAAUACGACGGAAAACUGUAAACAUUGCUACGGGCAAAUAAUCGUAGUUUUGUUAAGAACACGUGCUUGCUGAACUCUUCCCAAUUCGAAGAACGCAUGGAAGCAGCUGUGGUGAAAGCUGAUGUAUGCGAAUUGCCGAUUUGAAAAAAUACAGGAGAGACAAUGCCGCCGGGGGAAUAUGUAAGUCGGCCGUCCGAGGAUUCGCAGCCUUGCACUUCACGUUCAACAUGGCAUGAUUUUCGGCGAUGGAAAACCCCCACGCAACUUUUUAUGAUAUGCUUAUUACCAUUUAUUCUUAUCUUCGUGGGCUGUGUGUUGAUGGGGCUCGUUUGGUCGGAAAGAGUUGAGUCUUCUCGACAGAUUGUACUCACGUGCGGAAUGGUAUCGUUCUUCUCUGGGUUCCUUACGUGUGUGAUCGCAAAUUUCUGCGAUGCAUGCGGGCUUACAUGUAUGCGAUACGAUGAGCCCUUGGAGAGUGAGGUGCAAAACCAAACUUUGUUCGUUGAUCUGGGAGACUUAGGACCCAGCUUGGUUGAUCAGGAGGAAAACUUAGCCGGUGACAGUGAUAAGUCGGAGGUUCAAACAACGCUCGUUGAAUUAGAAGAGAAUACCGCCGGGUAGUUAAGACGUCGUCUCUUGUUUUUCCCAGGCUUAUUCUGGAAUAAUCGAUCACGCAAGAACACAAUAAGAGAGGAGAUGGAAAGAAACGAUUAUACCAACUUGUUCCCGUAAAUAUUAUCAACAUUAGUGGAAGGAACGGAUUGAAGUUUUGGGCCCCCUUUGUUUAUUGUCGUUGAAGUUUGAUAUUUUUGCACACGGCAUUGCGCAAUAUGACUUCGUUUCUUUGUCUUGAAAGCCAAAGACAAAACAAUGGCGUUUUUUUUGCGCUGUUCGUGUCACACAAGAAAAACGAACUUUCUUGGAUAAGACAGAGUUCGAAGUUACUUUUCAAAGCCUUGAGAGAGAAGCAAGUCUUAGUGCUUUGGAUUUUUCAAGCCCGAAACAACAUUUGAACAAUACAAAAUUGUGAAUAAAUUAGCUUCCUGUUUUAUAGGAAAUUUCAUUGUCACGUUCGAACUAGUGUAAAAUAUUUUACUUCCCAGAUAAUUUUUACCUUGAUAAUUAUUGACUGCGUUAGAUUUGUUAAGUUGUGUUCUCAGCUUCCACAAAGUGGCUUUUCUUCAUGUUUCUUGUUCGUCUAGCUUCAGGUUUUUUCCUCUGUUAUUUGCAAAGCAAACAACGGAAAAAUUUGAUUUGAGAGCCUCUUUGCAGAGAAUAAAAUUUCCAUAUACUGACUCUCUUAUAUACGCAGAGAGUAAAAUUUCCAUAACCAAAUCUAGAAAAGGUUUCAUUCUAAAAAGAAAUUCUUUAAUAAUUCAAAGGUUGGGAAAAGCGGCAUUGUCUUAUUUUCGCAUCGCUGGUUCACUGGAUAAAAGUCGUUUGGAAUUAUUAUCUGUUUUGCUUUGUACGUUGUUAUUUUUAAUAUUCUGUAAACUAUUCUAUUUUCGAUUUUAGUAGUUAAGGGAAUCGUAAAACAACUCCACAUUCAAACUUGCCCUGGCUAAUAAAAAAGAGUACUUAAAGUUUUGAAAGCAAUCUUUGACUUCAGUAAACGCCGUACUUUUGACAAUACCAGGAUUAGAAUUCAUAGCUUUAAUAAAUGCCC